AUGGGCAUAACUUUUGCUGCGUAUAUGUUUGGUCUCGUUGGGUACUUCACUUCGGAUCCUCGCAAUAUCAAAGCCAUCACAGAGACACAUUUUCAAGCCGCAGAUAUGGGUCUGGGAGUGCGAAGGCCUGCUUGUUACCCCUUCUUCGGUGAGGGUAUCUUUACCCAAGAUGGCCCAGCCUGGAAGCACUCGCGGGAAAUGCUUCGACGACAGUUCGCACGAGUUCAAGCCAGAGACUUGGAGACGUUUACAGACCAGGUCGAGACUCUGAUCUCGAGUUUUCGAGACUCCAAGGGCAUAGUGGACCUUCAGCCAGCGUUCUUUCGGUUUACCCUUGCGACAACGACAGCGCUACUCUUUGGCGAAUCUAUCGAAACAUUGUCAGCAGCAGAGCAAAACGAAUUUGCUGAACAUUUCGACAGUGCAACUUGGGUUACCGCGGUACGACUACCUUUGGCGCAUCUAAGCUUCCUGUAUAACACCCCGAGCUAUCGAAAGUCUUGCAGAAUCGUCAGGCGCUAUGCGGAUCACUUUAUCGAGAGAGCAUUCAAGUACGCGCGUAAGCACGGUCAAGGAGAGGCUACGGAAAAAUAUCCCUUCAUUUUCGAUCUUUAUACGGAAUACCAAGACCGAUCGUUAGUACGGGACCAGCUCGUCAACGUGUUGCUUGCUGGGCGGGAUACCACAGCUUGCACUAUGUCUUGGACCAUCUUUCAUCUUGUUCGUCAUCCUGAGAUGCUUCAGCGGCUACGUGAAGAGAUUAACAAGGUCGCCGGCUACGAGACAGUGAUUAAAAGAUCACAUACGAAGAAUAUGCCUUAUUUGAAUGCGGUGCUGAACGAAACCCUGGGACUCUACCCACAGGUACCGAUGAACACCAGAUCCACAGUCAAGACCACAUUCCUCCCCAAAGGCGGCGGUCCGGAUGGGGAGUCUCCGGUGCUCGUGCCAAAGAACGCCGGAAUCACCUUCAGCCCGUACCAUAUGCAUCGCCGCAAGGAGCUUUUCGGCAAGGAUGCGCACGACUACAAACCGGAACGGUGGCUGGACGGCAAGCUUUCCAACAUUGGCUGCGCGUAUAUCCCGUUCCUUCACGGAUUCAGAACAUGCUUGGGGAAGGACUUUGCUCUGUCGGAAGCAAGCUAUGCCCUCGUUCGUCUCCUGCAGGCCUACCCAGCUCUGCGACUUCCUCCCGGAACCGAAGUAGUGCCUACGGGGAAGGAGAAGCAAAUGCUGACGCUGGUGGUUUCCAGCUUGGAGGGAUGUAAGGUCGUGCUUGAUUAA